GGCCCUGAGCGACCCGCGAGCGGGGACGGGCCGUGCCGAGCGGCUCCUCCGCCCGCACCCCGCCCGCCGCACGGCAUUGAGAGGAUUGCAGUGGCAUUCUAAGGUCAUUUAAAACCAUGACAAGCUCAGUCGGACAGAAGAAAGUCUCCUCCAGACAAAGGAAGUGUGGCUUCUGUCGCUCGAAUAAAGAUAACGAAUGUGGGCAGUUGCUGAUGUCGGAGAACCAGAAGGUGGCGGCACAUCACAAGUGUAUGCUGUUCUCGUCCGCACUGGUUUCUUCCCACACUGAUAAUGAGAGUCUUGGUGGAUUCUCUAUUGAAGAUAUUCAGAAAGAAAUAAAGAGAGGCACAAAACUGAUGUGCUCUUUGUGCCACUGUCCUGGAGCGACCAUUGGCUGUGAUGUGAAAACGUGUCACAAGACAUAUCACUACUACUGUGCUUUGCAUGAUAAAGCUCAGAUAAGAGAGAAACCCUCACAAGGCAUUUACAUGAUUUUAUGUCGAAAACACAAGAAAACUACGCAUAACUCUGAAGAUUUAGAAGAAAAUAUCAAUGAACACGAAUUGGAGCCUUCACCUCCCAAAGGAAAAAGGAGGGGUCGUAAGGGAAAGCCAAGAAAAACAAAUUUAAAAGGGCAAUCAGAAGACACUAGAUCUACGUCCUCACAUGGCACAGAUGAAAUAGAAAGCAGUUCCUAUAGAGACAGGUCUCCCCACAGAAGCAGCCCCAGUGAUACAAAACCUAAAUGUGGAUUCUGUCAUGCAGGUGAAGAAGAAAAUGAAGCUAGAGGAAAGCUUCAUAUAUUUAAUGCCAAAAAGGCUGCAGCACACUAUAAGUGCAUGUUGUUUUCCUCUGGCACUGUCCAGCUAACAACAACUUCAAGGGCAGAAUUUGGUGAUUUUGAUAUCAAAACUGUACUUCAAGAAAUCAAGAGAGGAAAAAGAAUGAAAUGCACACUCUGCAGCCAGCCUGGUGCUACUAUUGGGUGUGAAAUCAAGGCCUGCAUAAAAACAUACCAUUACCACUGUGGAGUAGAAGACAAAGCUAAAUACAUUGAGAACAUGUCACGAGGAAUUUAUAAACUCUAUUGUAAAAACCAUAGUGGAAACGAUGAAAGAGAUGAAGAGGAUGAAGAAAGAGAAAGCAAAAGCCGUGGCAAAUCAGGCACUGACCACAAUGACAUUCCUCAGCAGCAGCUCAAUGGAAACUAGGUUCAAGGGACAGAGUUAUAGAACUGGGAAUGGCUAAGACAUCAUAACUACUAAUUCUUUUAAAUUGUUUUCUAAAAAUCAGAAAAGGGUUAGUAACUUUUUACUACCCAACUCUGUUAGAAAUUUCAUUGAACUGCCUGAAACGUUCAUGUGUGUGAGCCUUCAGUAAGUGGCAGAGUUUUACAUGUCAAUAUUAUGUAGUUUGUAGUCUGCAGUGUCUGGAAAAAAAUGAAACACUAUAUAAAUGAUAUGUAAUAUGUACAGUGUCAAAAGUUAAGGCAGACAUUGAAAUGAAGUAAGAUCUAUAUUUCUGGACUGAAUAAAAACUUUAAGAUUUGGAAUGUG